AUGUCGGUGGUUACCGGAGGUAGCGAACCGGGCCCCGCCGCAGCCGCCACCGCGGGAGGCGCCGGUGGAGGGACCCGGGUUUUCUUUCAGAGCCCGCGCGGAAGCGCCUCCCGGGAAGAUUCGGUGGCCCCCGCCGUGGUCCAAGUCCAGCAGCAGCGGCGCCACCAGCAGGGCAAAGUGACGGUCAAGUACGAUCGGAAAGAGCUGCGUAAAAGGCUAGUGCUGGAAGAGUGGAUCGUGGAGCAGCUCGGGCAGCUCUACGGCUGCGAGGAAGAAGAGAUGCCAGAUGUAGAAAUUGAUAUUGACGAUCUUCUGGAUGCUGCUAAUGAAGAGGAGAGAGCCCUCAAAUUACAAGAAGCGCUUGUAGAUUGCUACAAACCUACAGAGGAUUUUAUCAAAGAACUUCUAACUCGGAUAAGAGGGAUGAGGAAGCUGAGCCCUCCUCAAAGAAGAGUAUAUAAGUGA